CCUAUUUCUAAUGUUGCAUUGAACUGAUUCCCUUAGGGAUGAGAAUUUGCAAGAUGGUCCGGGUGGCUAGUGUGCUGGGUUUGGUAAUGUUAAGCGUUGCUCUUCUCAUCUUAUCCCUCAUCAGCUAUGUCUCCCUGAAGAAAGAGAAUAUUUUUACAACCCCAAAAUAUGCCAGUGCUGGGGGUCCCCGAAUGUAUAUGUUCCAUGCUGGGUUUCGAUCCCAGUUUGCAAUGAAGUUUUUGGAUCCCUCAUUUGUGCCAAUUACAAAUUCUCUUACGCAAGAGUUGCAAGAAAAACCUGUUAAGUGGAUAUUCAACCGGACAGCAUUCGCAAAGCAAAGGCGAGAAAUUCUUCAAAACGUUGAUGUAAUCAGAAAUUUUUCUUUGACCAAGAACAGUGUACGGACUGGGCAACUGAUGCAUUAUGAUUACUCAAGCCAUAAGUAUGUUUUUUCUAUCAGCAAUAAUUUCAGAUCACUGCUUCCAGACACUUCUCCCAUUAUAAACAAGCAUUAUAAUAUUUGUGCCGUGGUAGGCAACAGUGGGAUUCUUACCGAAAGUCAGUGUGGACCUGAAAUAGAUAAAUCAGAUUUUGUAUUUCGUUGCAAUUUUGCUCCAACUGAAGCAUUUCAUAAAGAUGUUGGAAGGAAAACCAACCUUACAACUUUUAACCCGAGCAUCCUUGAAAAAUAUUACAACAAUCUUCUGACCAUACAAGAUCGAAACAAUUUUUUCUUGAACUUAAAAAAGCUUGAUGGGGCCAUACUAUGGAUCCCAGCUUUUUUCUUCCACACCUCUGCAACAGUUACAAGAACAUUGGUAGACUUUUUUGUGGAACACCGAGAGCAACUGAAAGUUCAGCUAGCAUGGCCAGGGAAUAUCAUGCAACAUGUUAACAGGUACUGGAAAAACAAGCACUUAUCUCCUAAGAGAUUGAGCACAGGAAUUCUAAUGUACACUCUCGCCUCUUCGAUAUGUGAAGAAAUUCACUUAUAUGGAUUUUGGCCGUUUGGAUGGGAUCCAAACACAGGAAAGGAUCUACCAUACCAUUAUUACGAUAAAAAAGGAACAAAAUUUACAACAAAAUGGCAAGAGUCGCACCAACUUCCAGCUGAAUUUAAGCUUCUGUAUAAAAUGCACAGAGAAGGACUCACUAAGUUGACUUUGUCACGUUGUGCCUAA